AGUACAGUCUCUACCAUACACGAGUGGUGAGAAGCUUGUCAUCUCUCUCAAACGUAUUUUUUUUAUUUUUUUUAGAAUAUCUAACAAAUUAGAGACAGGGUUUGGUGAUUCUAAGUAAUUAUCAAAUUAUAGGUGUUAAGUUUAAUUAAAGUCUCUCACUAAGUUUGAACAUUUUUAGUGUCUUGAGACGAGGUGACCGAACAUUGAAGUUCUCUUCCUGUAACAUCAGAGAUACUUAGUGUUCAGGAGUGACUUUAGAGGAUAAACAAUAUUGUAAAACUCCAUCUCCAUUUCUGCUGUUCAGGUCUACUGUACGGUAGAGUGAAGCAAGGAUCCGCCACACUUGUCUACGCCGCAUUAUGCACGACGCGUCAUCAGCAACAAAUGGUGAAGGUCGUCGAAAGAGGAGCGUGUGGCGUCACCUCCUGUUGCUGCUAUGGAAAAACUUGAUACUGAGGCGCAGACACUGGCUUCUGACUUUCUUCGAGAUCUUCCUCCCUACCGCCCUGUUCUCUAUCAUCCUGUUUAUCAGACUAAUCCCGGGAUCCAUCUUCAUCCCUAAAUACAUCAACACCACGACCAUAUACGAGCCCAACGACGAGACGAGGUUGAGGAGUGACGUCUGUGCGAAUUACGGAAUAUGGUCGAAUAAGACCGAGACCUGCUUCGUGGUGCCCAGGAAGUUGGGAGCUAUGCAGAUCUUCUAUGGACCUCCAGGAGAGUUCACGAGUGGGACAGCUAGUUACGUUGCCAGUAAACUUAACAUCAAGGAAAACGCUCUCACACCAGUAGAGAGCAACGAGGACAUGAACAACCUGGUGAAGCAGUACUACUACACUGCCAACUCAUCCGUCCCGCCCUACUACAUCGGCCUUUACUUCAACGACCUGGACGUUCCGGAGGGCGAUACGGCACCUGAAGACCUUAAAUACGACCUGAGACUGAUAGGGUCCUGGAGCACAGGCUUCCUCUAUCCCUUCAUGCAGACGGCCGGGCCAGGCGAGUCCGCCAACAAAUACAUCAAGCAAGGGUUUGCCUUCAUACAGAGCCUUGUCGACCGCUACUAUAUCUCUCAGCUGACGGGUAACAACACGUACAUGGACGACUACAAGGUAGAGAUACAGAAGUACCCCUACCCGACCUACUACAACGACUACGGUGUCAGUCAACUUUACGGGUCGUUCCUGCCAUCAUAUGUCGUGCUGUCGCUGGUCCUGUUGGCUCCCUCACUGAUCAAGAGCGUUGUACACGAGAAGGAGACAGGAGUGAGGGAGUUGGUACGCCUGAUGGGAUUGAACCGCUGGCUUGUGUGGUUAGGGUGGUUCCUGCACGCCUUGGUAAUGGUGUUGGUAGUGGUCAGUAUCAUCACCAUCAUGAUUACCGUGGGUCUUCACAGCAAAGGCGUCUAUAUCCCACCUAUCCUCAACUACAGUGACCCCUUCUUCGUGUGGGUCCUCCUCACUCUCUAUGGGAUCUCAGCCAUUAUGUUCUGUCUCACCAUCGCUACCUUCUUCAGUCGACCGACACUUGCUACCACCCUGGGCGUCCUCAUCUGGCUCUUCUCCUACUACAUCCCUAACGCCCUCACCUAUUUCCGCUACGACAAGAUGGCCCUUACCCCGAAGCUUCUGUGCUGUCUCCUACCUAACAUGGCCAUGGCGUUGUCCUUCAGGGUGAUUGAGAUGUUCGAGGGAAGAGCUAUUGGUGUCCACUGGAACAACCUCUGGGAGACAGGUAACCCGAGGGACCAGCUCUCCCCGGCCUUGUUGUUGAUCAUGCUGGCUGUGGAUUCCCUCCUCUACGGCGUCAUCAUUUGGUACGUGGACCAGGUCAGCCCAGGAACCUACGGCGUCCCACAGAGCUGGUACUUUCCCUUCCAGAAGACGUACUGGUGUGGAGGGAAGAGGGUGGAGGAGAGUGAGGGUACGGAUCAAGACCCCACCGACACACGCACUGACCAGUACUUCGAGGAGGAACCAACAGGGCUCAUCCCUGGCAUCGUCAUUAAGAAUCUCAGGAAGGAGUUCAAGAAGCUGGGAGGAAAGGUGAAGGUGGCGGUGGAGAACGUGUCCAUGACGUGUUACCAGGGUCAGUGUACCGUGUUGCUGGGUCACAACGGUGCUGGCAAGACCACCACCAUGUCCGUCCUCACAGGUGUGUACGCCCCAAGCGGUGGAUAUGCUGAAGUAGGAGGGUGGAACAUUGCCACCAACCUGAAGGAGGCGCGGGAGGAGGUGGGUCUCUGUCCUCAACACAACAUGCUCUUCGUCGACCUCACCGUCAUGCAGCAUCUUCUCUUCUUCGGCAGGUUGAAAGGUAUGAGAACAGGGGCAGCAAAGAAAGAAGGCCAAGGGAUCUUAAAACAACUGGACCUGCUGGAUAAACAAGAUAUGUUUGGUAACCAGCUCUCAGGAGGAAUGAAAAGGAAGCUCUGUCUCGCCAUUUCUCUCAUAGGUGGCUCCAAGGUGGUGAUCCUAGACGAGCCGAGCAGUGGGCUGGACCCUGAGUCUCGCCGGUGGGUGUGGGACGUGGUGCAGGGAGAGCGAGGGCGCCGCACCGUCCUCGUCACCACACACCACAUGGAGGAGGCCGACGUCCUGGGCGACCGAGUAGCCAUUAUGGCCUCCGGCAAGGUGGUGUGUGCCGGCUCUACACUCUUCCUCAAGAACAAGUUUGGUGACGGAUACACACUGGAUAUGAUGGUAAAAGAGGAUUCGAACCUGGAUACCCUGAAGGCGGAGGUGGUGAACCAUAUGCCCUCCGCCUCCCUCCACACCUGCCACAACGGGGAAGUCACUUUCAAACUCCCGCCCACCACCUCCAAGUUCGCGCCCUUAUUGGAGUCCCUCACCACCAGGAAAGAGGAGUUGGGUGUGAGACAUUUCGGCCUUUCCCUCACUACUAUGGAGCGAGUCUUCAUAAGAGUGAGUGAACUAAUAGAGAAAACCGAAGCACAAGAUCCCAAGACGUCAGAAACAUGUCAAGAAAACGGGAAUCAGAAUAUGAACUUAGAUGCCAUACUAGAAGAUGGGUUAGGCAACAGCAGCAGCAGCAGCCAGCAACAACUCUUCAGCAAAGGCAACAAUGGACUAGAGCGGAUGACUGGUAACAGGCUCUUGAUGCAGAGGAUAAAGGCGUUCUUCAUCAAGCGAAUCAUCUACUCCAAACGGAAGUGGCCUCUGAUUAUCACUCAGGGUCUGGUGCCGGUGGUGGUGACCGUCGCGUGCCUCUUGGUGGACCAGACUUUCGACUUCCUCAUCUCCCAGGAACCUCAGCUGGUCCUCAACACCUCUCUCUUCCCUUACUCCUCCUCCUUCAUGAAGGUUGACCCAGACCUCGAAAGUUUGAGCUUCCAGUAUCGGUCUCUUUUCUCAGGGAGCCAUGAGGUGAGCUCGACUGACAACAUGACUGGAAGUUUACUGAAAGCAGCACACGACAACCUUCUACAUUAUAGGGAGAAUAACAUUUGCUCUGCAGAGUUCCUAAGUGAAGAGGAAGCCAACACGUUAAGGAUCCUCACUCAGACCAUCCCUUUCCACACUCUGGGGAUCGGUACCUCCCUCGUCACCAACGCUCUCCUCCGCCUCGCCACCAACUCCACCAUCCACACCAUCACCACCACCAACUGGCCCCUCCCACCAGAUACUACAUGGUUAUUCUCGAGUGAGUUUUCGACCAGUAGUCUUGUGUACGCCAAUAUGAUGCCCCUCGCCCUGGCCUUCCUCUCAGCCUCUUUCCUCGUCUUCCCCCUGCAGGAGAGAGAGACUAACACCAAACAGGUACAGGUGAUGACUGGGGCUCCCGUGUGGGCACUCUGGGCCACCACUUUCCUCUGGGACUUUACCACCUACAUGAUAUCUUUACUUCUUAUCUACAUCUGUUUCAUGACGAUGGACCCAAACGGCUACUUCACCAAAGGCGAAGCUCCAGGAGCGUUGUUCCUCCUCUUACUGCUGUACGGGUGGGGCAGCAUCCCUAUGGCCUACGUCUUCAGCUUCCCCUUCCAAACUGCUGCCUCGGGCUUCGCUGUCCUGGCCCUCGUAAAUAUUGUCGCUGGCCAGCUGAUGACAGUGGUGGUGUGGGGCCUGAGGAUGGCGGAGCAGCCGACUCUCACCACCGUCAGUGACAUCCUCUACUGGGCCACCUCCGUCAUCCCUGCCUACCCUGUGGCCACGGGCUUUGGUCACAUAGUCCAAGUGGGGGUCCACAACAGCAAGUGCAACCAGUUCAACGAGACGGUUACCCAGGAACUGUGUAAGGCGCUCUACGCGUUCGCUCAAGACAACGAUUUCAUGCAAUGUUGUCGUUACGGCGAUCCACCACUCUGUAGUAAAGUGGGGACGGGGGUGUGCCUGGAGGAGUGGUCGUAUUAUAGACUCCAGCAACCCGGAAUGGGCUCAGACCUGCUCUCACUCUUCGUCAAUGGGAUUAUCUUCUUUGGCAUUAUCGUUUUUAUAGAAGCAGGGGCACCAAUAUUCUUCAUACGACUGUGGCGCAGAAUCUCGUAUCAAGAUCGCAAGUUCCAGCAGGUGAAGCCACAAGGCCAAGUCCGGGAGGUAGACGAGGACGUAGUUGCUGAGGCUGACCUGGUGACCUCCCUCAUGACUGGGUCACAGCCAACCGCCAACACCCUCCCAAUGAUUAAUGGGUCGGUGGAUGCCACACUCCUCGCCUCCAUGCUGUCCAAGCAGUACUACGGUUGCCUUGUGCGCGCCGUGGACAACAUCAGUUUCAGGGUGAACCGCGGGGAGUGUCUAGGCCUGUUGGGGGUGAACGGCGCAGGCAAGACCACCACCUUCAAGAUGCUGACGGGAGAUGAGGUGCCGACAGCAGGAGACGCUACGAUAGACGGCUUGUCCCUCAGCCACGAGAGAAACAAGUUUGUGCAGAACAUCGGGUACUGCCCUCAGUUUGAUGCCUUCCUGGAUGACCUCACCGGGGUAGAGAUGCUGCAUCUGAUGGGUCGUCUGCGUGGCAUGAGUGAGGCACAGCUGAGAGAAAAUGUCAACUCCCUGGUGUCACUUGUGGGACUGACAGAGUGCGCUAAACGGCCCUCCUCUACGUACUCAGGAGGUAACCGCAGGAAGCUGUCCACAGCCUUGGCUCUAGUGGGGAACCCGCCCCUGGUGUUCCUGGACGAGCCCACCUCAGGAGUAGAUCCUGUGUCUCGUCGUAGGGUGUGGACAGCCAUCAGACAAGCCAUAAACAACGGGCAGAGUGUGGUGCUUACUAGCCACUCUAUGGAGGAGUGUGAGGCGCUCUGCUCCCGUAUCAUCAUCAUGUCUCGUGGCAGGCUUCGCUGUGUGGGCACCACCGGCCACCUUAAAGCAAAGUUCGGGCAGGGCUACAGCCUCCAGGUGAAGCUCAGGACUCACGGUUUCACUCAGGGCAACAAGUCAGAAGACGAACAAAUUUAUGUCACGAAAGUGAAUGAGCUGAAGAUCGUCAUUAAUUACUUCCUCCCUGGCUCUACUCUCACCGAUCAACACAAGGGUAUGCUGGCCUACCGGGUGCCCAUCAGCGUGUCCUGGGGUCAGCUGUUCUCGGUGAUGGAGGCUCUGAAAGCUGGUCGAGACCCUGGAGCUGCCACGCCUCUGAGAGAAGACCUGCCUCUUGCCUCCCCUUCCACCUCCAUCGUGGAGGUGUACGCCGCCUCAGACACCUCCUUGGAGCAGGUCUUCUUAUCUUUCGCGAGGGAGGCGGCGAUGGAACAAGCUCCUGGUGUCCCUGGUACUGUUACCGAUAACAGCGUAGCUCCUGUUGCUUCUAGUGCCUCAAUUAUCCAAGUCCCCGGUACUAAUAACUCCCUCGAUAUGUAUGAAGUACCGACUGGUAACCAGGGGCCGUUGGCACAAGGAGAAUCAUCCCAAAGUAAAAAUCAAGAUGGAUCACCAAAAAUCACAGAAUUGUAAAGUAAAUUUCAUUGUUCACUAAACCUAUUUCACGUUGGACAUAUCCAUACGUUAAUCUUAAUGUAUGAAUGUUAUUUAAAAACUGAUAUGCAGAUCUGUUCUUAAUUUGCAUUUACUUGUCAGCAUAAAAUUAAUAUGGCACGAGUUAUUCUCCCACCAAUCACACUUUAGGACGCAAUCAUUCUGCCAAGUUCUAGAUAUUAUAUGCUAGGUCUCACCAUUUCCUCGAAUAUG